GCCAAUCCAUGCGCGGGAGCCCAACUGUCAUGGCUGCCUCCAGGGAGAGAACAUGUCUCAUAACAAAUAAACGAAAGUAUAACGUGUGCGUGUGUUAUAUUGAGGGACAUUUUUUAAAUUAAACGAGAGCGAGCUAUUUUUUUUUUUAUAUAUAACGUGUAGCUUGAACGCUUUCUCUUCAUUUUACAAGCCGGCGCUGAAUGGCUUUACUCUGUGCUCGUUCUCGUGUGCGAUCUGGAGUUGUUCGUGGCUGCCGGUUGUUGUCCUCUGUAGCGAGGAGCAGAGAAGCAGGGGAUGAUGUGCCCCGGUUCCGGUAUGUAGGAGAGCACCGGAAGCCCACCGAUAAAGUGUUCGUAUGGGGCUUCAGUUACACCGGAGCGCUCGGCAUCCCCAGCUUUGUGGUUCCUGACAGCGGCAGGAAAAAAAUUAGAAAAUAUCAACUGACUCCUUACCGCCUCGAAACACAACAAAAGAUCUCUGCAGCAGCCUGCGGUUAUGGAUUUACAUUAUUGGCAUCAAAUACCAAAGAUGUCACCAAAGUGUGGGGUAUGGGCCUUAAUAAAGACUCCCAGCUGGGCUUUCAGCGUACUCAACAUGACCGACAUAAAAGUUAUGAAUAUGUCCUGGAGCCGUCCCCGGUCUCUCUGCCACUGGUCAACCCCCAGGAGACACGUGUCCUCCAGGUGUCCUGCGGUCGAGCUCACUCUUUAGUGCUCACAGACUGUGAAGGAGUGUUCAGCAUGGGUAAUAAUGCCUAUGGCCAGUGCGGAAGGAAAAUCGUUGAGGAUGAAGUUUACAGUGGUAGUCAUCUUGUCCAUAAGAUAGAGGGAUUUAAUAGUCGAGUUAUUCAGGUGGUGUGUGGGCAAGACCACAGUUUAUUCCUGACUGAAUCAGGCACUGUGUAUGCUUGUGGCUGGGGAGCAGAUGGACAGACAGGUCUGGGCCAUCACAACAAGGCUGCAUUGCCUGUCCAGGUUGGUGGUGAUCUGGAUGGGGUCAAAGUUCAGCAGGUGAGCACUUAUGGAGACUGCAGUCUGGCUGUGUCCACCGAGGGUCACGUCUUUGGCUGGGGUAACUCCGAGUACCUGCAGCUCGCCUCCGUCACAGAAACCACACAGAUCAGCUCUCCACGGCUGCUUCCUCUGAAAGGAAUCGGAAAGGUGACGCAGGCGGCUUGCGGCGGAACUCAGGUCGCCGUACUAAACGAGGACGGAGAAGUGUUUGUGUGGGGCUACGGAAUCCUAGGAAAAGGGCCUAAUCUGGCUGAGUCAGAGAUCCCAGAAAAGGUGCCAGCGACGCUUUUUGGGAAGUCGGAGUUUAACCCGACUGUAAAGGUGGCCCACAUCCGCUGUGGCCUCAGUCAUUUUGCAGCCAUCACAGAUCGAGGUGAACUGUUUGUCUGGGGUAAGAACGUGCGAGGAUGUCUUGGCAUCGGGAAGCGAGAUGACCAGUAUUUUCCAUGGCGGGUGACGGUUCCAGGUCAUGUGGUGGACGUUGCAUGUGGUGUGGAUCAUAUGGUGGCCUUGGUCAAGUCUGUCAUAUGAGAUUAAAGCUGUGGAGGAGAUCACUUUCUGAGGCUAUCGAGCUUGAAGACUGCUUGCACACUGAAGGUAUAAAAGAAAUCCUCAUGUAUAUGAAAAACUGCAUAUCUGUGAUGUUCAAGUGAGCAUCAUCUGUGCAAUGAUCCAAAACCGAGCUGAAUAUUUCCCUUUUUUGGAUCGGUACAUAAAAAAAAAAAAAAAAAAAAAAGAACUUCAGGAUGGAAAGAUCCAUGAAUGUGAGGAGUUACGCAAGUCCCUUGUGUCGGAGCAGACAAACCCAACAUCUGUUUCACUUGGCUUCAUUGUACAAUGACUCAAGUCUGUUCUAUAAUAAACUUGUCUUAACAUUGUUAAACAUUACUGCGAAGCAGAGGAUUAGCCAACUGUGAUGUACUCUGAUAUUAAAGCCGCCGUUGUGUGUUCA